AUGSCAAAWUAUAAAAUCCAUUACCCAMCAAUUGAACGCACUGGAGAUAAAGAGCCAGCCUCGAGUGAAGUUUAUACUCUUAUAAAAAACCUAACAUUGUAUGAGUUCUAUGAAUUAUUAGAUAAUGAAUUAGUUAAAAAUUAUGAACCGGAUGAUAGAUGCAACCACUGUAAAAAUCAAAUAGCAAGUGAUCAAACGAAUGGAGCAGAACUAAUAGAUCUUUGCAAAAAAUGUUGUAACAUUAUACUAAAUGUAAAUAAUAUUUUAGAUAAAUAUAAAUCAUCUGAUGAUAAAAAAAAAUGCCAAUAUAUGAGCCAUUGGUUAUAUGAUAAAGUUGUAAGUAUUACUCAGGGUACAAACCUAUUCAUUAAUUUCUACGCAGUUCUAUCUAUGUAUAGUAGUAGUAAUAAAGAUAAUUUUAAGAAUUGUACACUCAAGAAUUUUAAAGUAGAUAAAGAAGCAUUUAAUAAAAAACAUAUUUUAUAUGAAUUUAUAGAAAGUUAUGAUGAUAUGAAAAAUAAAAUUGAUAAUAAAAGUAAACUGUAUACUCCAUUAUAUUGCAAACAUAUUAAGGAAAAUUUUCUUUUUUAUAACGUCGUUAAGAAUGAAUGUACUAGUAAUGAAUCUUGUGGUUAUUUUAAUGAAUUGAAUGAGUUUAAGGAAAAAUUUAGACAACAAGACGUGUUAAGUUUUAUAUAUGAAAAAUGUGAGUACACAAAGACAUCAUGCAAACAUGGUUCUAAUUCAGAAGAUGACGUACCAUGCUUACAAGCAAAAGGAAUUCCAUUUAUAUUACCUAUAUUAGGUAAUGAUCCAGAUGAUAUUAUAAAUAUACUACUCAAUGUUGCAAUCAUAUCGGUUCCAUUUUUGGCAAUAUUUUUAAUUUUGUUUAAGUUUACUCCCUUUGGAAGAAAAUUGAAUAGAAUAAAUGCAAAAGGAAGAAAAAGUGGAAGCAAAAAGAAAGAAGAAAACAUUGAAGAUUACAUGAAUAAUUAUGCUGCAUAUGUGGACAACGUAAUGAAAAAUAGGGUUAACUUAACUUAUCAUGCUUCAUAA